AUGGACAUAUCUCGAGAAACUACAUUGAAAGCAGCAUCGGCUGCCAACAUCGUCUCAGAGUUUGUAGCUCAUGAGCAAAUACAAACUCUCUCAGAUCUAUACGAUGCCUUGUUCAAACCUCUUGCUUCCCAGAAACAAGGAUCUCUCCAGCCAGAUGCUAGUCGCACUUCUGCGGUAGUGCUAUGUCCGUCCGCAGUCCUUUCCACGUCAGAGACAGUCUUCUCAAUGGUAAAAGAGCUGAUUGAGACGACACAGUCUGGAUCACUCGUACUCGUUCUCUGUGGGGGCAUUGGCCACUCAACCCAGUUGAUGCAUGAUGCUAUAGCUUGUCAUCCCAAGUACAGCCGCAUCACUGAUCGAGUCCGCAUGUUACCAGAGGCUCAUUCCAUGGGAACCGACAAAAGAGACAGGCUCGCGGUUUUGGUUGAAGACACGUCGACUAAUUGUGCACUCAAUGCCGUGAACGCGAGAAAGGUGCUAGACGCCAACGGUUACACAUCACCGCUUUCCAUUGUGGUUGCCCAGGAUCCUACUAUGUGUCGACGCACUGUUGCUGCAUUUGAGCAAGUCUAUGCUGAUAAAGUCGAUGAGGCUCCUACAUUCAGUAGCUGGCCUACAUUUGUACCAAGAGUGGCACCUGCAGAUUCUCCGCCACUAGAAAAGGUCGGGAGUCUCACGUCACUCCUGUCCUAUGAUUUCUCAGGUUUCGAGGAUAAUCGCAAGACUGACCUUUGGAGCAUGGAGCGGUUCAUGUCUCUACUGAUAGGAGAAAUCCCACGAAUGAGGGACGAUGAAGAUGGGUAUGGGCCACGAGGCAAAGGGUCGAUUGUGCAUGUUGAUAUUCCACAGCGAGUCGAGGACGCCUGGAAGUUACUUCACAAUUUGCUUGGUCAGAGCGUGCGAUAA